AUGGAUUAUCACUCGAUGCGCAGUACUUAUCACAGCGCAUUUGAUAUCGCUGCAAUACUAUUGAGCAGACAUUCCAUUAAAUCUCUCUCUGUUCGCAGGGAAAACUUUUACUUUGGAGGGCACGACGCACUGAGAUCUCCUAGAUCCAUUGGUCCUCAAGGUUCUCGUCUAACGAAACAGAACAGGGUCAGGUCAGGGUCCUUAGGAAACUCUCAAUGA